AUGACCGACGAAUCGGAGGCGGCGAGGGCCAGGCGCACCCCGGCGCCCCCGCCGCGUCAAACCGUGCGCCCCCCUGAGGCUCGCUCGCGCUCUCACAUCCCUGAACCCGUAAUACCUGGCAUACGUAUGCCGGCGCCUCCCCGCUUGUUCCGGCCGUCAGAACACUUGGCAAUUGUGGAAAGGCAAAUGGAGCGACGGCCUGCGCCGUUAAUGCCUAUGGUCACGGUGGUUCAGGGUCCUAGGCCGCCACUCCCACCUCCACAGCCUCCGGUAUACAGGCAUGUGGCACCGCCGCCUUUAAGGAUGCCUGCGCCACCCUCCGUGAGAAUGCCGCCACCUAGGAGAGAAAUUCAGGUAAGAAUUGCAUUGAUAAACAAGCCUCAGUUAGAAUAG